AUGUCUUCCAGACCGGAAUUAAAGGUGGACGAUGAACAUGGAUUCAUCCGCUUUUUCAGGUCACUUCCUCCCGUGGGAGAAGAUACCAUCCGUAUUUUCGACCGAAACGACUGGUACACAGCCCAUGGCGAAGAUGCCAACUUCAUCGCUCGGACGGUCUACAAGACAACCUCAGUUGUCAGGAUGCUAGGGAAGAAUGAUCACACUGGCCUUCCAUCCGUUACAAUGACCGUUACCGUCUUCCGACAGUUCCUUCGCGAAGCGCUGUAUAAGCUUGGAAAACGCAUCGAGAUUUGGACGAGCGCGAACGGACGUAUGAACUGGAAAUUGGCCAAGCAGGCGUCUCCUGGAAAUCUGCAAGACGUCGAAGAUGACCUCGGUGGAUAUGGAGAGUCUGCCCCGAUCAUCCUGGCAGUCAAGAUCUCUGCCAAGGCCAGCGAGGCUCGUACCGUGGGAGUUUGCUUUGCUGAUGCCACAGCUCGAGAACUUGGUGUUAGCGAGUUCCUUGACAAUGACCUCUACUCCAACUUCGAGUCCCUUUUGAUUCAGCUCGGAGUCAAGGAGUGUCUGAUCCAGAUAGACAAGGCCGAUAAGGACAAGAAGGACCCGGAACUGGCUAAGCUCAGGCAAAUUAUCGACAGCUGCAACAUCGCCAUCUCUGAACGCCCAUCAUCCGACUUUGCCACCAAGGACAUUGAGCAGGAUUUGGCAAGGCUGCUGAAAGAUGAGAGGUCUGCGACAAUGCUGCCGCAGACCGACCUCAAGCUGGCCAUGGGUUCGGCAGCCGCCCUGAUCAAGUACCUCGGUGUCCUCCAUGACCCCGCCAACUUUGGCCAGUUCCGGCUCUACCAGCAUGACUUGGCACAGUUCAUGAAGCUCGAUGCGGCAGCUCUCAAGGCCCUGAACCUAAUGCCAGGGCCAAGAGACGGUUCCAAGACUAUGAGCUUAUUUGGCCUACUGAAUCACUGCAAGACACCUUUGGGAAGUCGCCUGUUGGCGCAGUGGCUGAAGCAGCCCCUAAUGGACAAGGACGAAAUUGAGAAGCGGCAGCAGCUGGUGGAGGCAUUCGCCAACGAUACUGAGCUCCGGCAGACGAUGCAAGAAGAGCAUCUGAGGGCGGUACCGGACCUUUAUCGCUUAGCCAUGCGGUUCCAGCGCAAAAAGGCGAACUUGGAAGACGUUGUCAGGGUAUAUCAAGUGGUCAUCCGCUUGCCCAGCUUGCUGGGUACCCUCGAGGGUGUCAUGGAUGAGGCCUACCGCGAUCCCUUGGACGAAGCUUACACCAACAAGCUCCGUGAGCUUUCUGAUAGCCUGGCCAAGUUCCAAGACAUGGUCGAGACCACUGUCGACCUAGACGCUCUCGAUAACCACGAGUUCAUCAUUAAGCCCGAGUUCGAUGACAGCCUACGCAUCAUUCGUAAGCGGCUUGAUAAGCUGCGCUCCGAUAUGGAGAGAGAGUUUGCCGAGGCAGCGAGAGACCUGGGCCAGGAACGGGACAAGAAGAUCUUCCUCGAAAACCACAAAGUUCAUGGCUGGUGCAUGCGCUUGACCCGGACAGAAGCGGGCUGCAUCCGGAACAAGCCCAAGUACAUGGAGUGCUCGACGCAGAAGAACGGCGUCUACUUCACCACCAAGACCCUCCAAGCAUACCGCCGCGAGUUCGACCAACUCAACCUAAACUACAACCGCACCCAGAGCGGGCUCGUCAGCGAAGUUGUUAGCGUCGCCGCCUCCUACGUGCCCGUCCUCGAGCGUCUCGCUGGAGUCCUCGCCCACCUAGACGUCAUCGUUUCCUUCGCGCACUGUGCCGUCCACGCACCAACCUCCUACGUUCGCCCUAAAAUCCAUCCCCGUGGCGAAGGUCAAACCAUCCUCAAAGAAGCCCGUCAUCCCUGCCUCGAAGUCCAAGACGACGUACAGUUCAUCACAAAUGACGUCGAGCUCACCCGCGACAAAUCCUCCUUCCUCAUCAUCACGGGCCCCAACAUGGGCGGCAAAUCGACCUACAUCCGACAAAUCGGCGUGAUCGCCCUGAUGGCUCAAGUCGGGAGCUUUGUGCCCUGCAGCUACGCCGAGCUGACCAUCUUCGACAGCAUCUUGGCGCGCGUAGGUGCCAGCGACAGCCAGUUGAAGGGUGUGUCCACGUUCAUGGCCGAGAUGCUGGAGACAGCCAACAUCCUCAAGUCGGCGACACGCGAAAGCCUGAUCAUCAUCGACGAGCUCGGCCGGGGUACAUCCACCUACGACGGGUUUGGUCUGGCGUGGGCUAUCUCGGAGCACAUAGUGCAAGAGAUCGGCUGUUUCGCGCUGUUUGCAACUCACUUCCAUGAGCUAACUGCCCUUGCCGACCAACACCCUCAGGUCCGCAACCUCCAUGUUACAGCGCAUAUCAGUGGCACGAGCACCGCCAACGGCUCCGGCCCUAGAAAAGCCGACACUAAACGCGAAGUGACCCUCCUGUACAAAGUCGAGCCCGGCGUAUGCGAUCAGUCCUUUGGCAUCCACGUCGCCGAACUCGUCCGCUUCCCCGACAAGGUAGUCCGCAUGGCGAAGCGCAAGGCCGACGAGCUGGAGGAUUUCACAACCAAUCACGAGGAAGGCGCCGACAGCAACGUUGGCGGGGUGGCUGCCGAGGGGUACAGCAAGCAGGACGUGGAGGAGGGGAGCGCCCUGCUGAAGGACUUGCUUGUGCGAUGGAAGGACGAGGUCCAGUCUGCUGGUGGCAUGAAUAAGGCUGAGAUGGUGAAGCGGUUGAGGGAAAUGGUUGCCAAGGAUGAGAAGUUGUUGGCCAAUCCCUUUUUUCAGAGCAUUAAGACGUUGUGA